CUAAAUUACUUUUAGAUUUCACUAAAUUACUUCUUAGACCCAUAAAAGUAAAUUCAAUAAAGCCUGAAAGUAAUUUACAUAUAUUAUAGAAGUAACUUGGAAAAAAAGAAAGUAACUUUAUCACGAUAUUAAAAGUAAAUCCGCUAUGGAGGUAAAAACAUGAGUCUAUAUUGAAAUUAAAUUUAAUCAGCAUAAAUUACAUCAUUGACUAAAAAUGAUUAUAAAAUAAACAACUCACAACAUGAAUGUAUAGAUUUCUUUUAAUGCCGUAACAAGUUACUUCACUUUUGUUUUAAGUUACUUCUAUAAUAUAGGUAAAUUACUUUCAGGCUUUAUUAAAUUACUUUUAUGACUAAAAAGUAAUUUAGUGAAAUCUAAAAGUAAUUUAGAUAUAUUAUAAAAGUAAUUUCUAUUUUUUCAUAAAAAUAUAGUCAUGUGAGAUCUUGUUAUAAAGAUUUAAUUGUUAUGAACACAAUGGUGUAAUCGGAUCAUAAAUCGGAUGAAUAAUCUAAGAGAAAAUUCCAUAAGAAGAAAAAAUACAUGCACUUUUGAGUAUACUAGUAGCAACUAGAUAUGAGAUUGAGGUAGCUGGUUAUGACCAUACAGAGAACGGUCUUGUUGCAGACACGUCCUUCCUAUUUGUUUCCAAAUUCUUUGUUUCAAAGAUUAUUUUUCCGAUUUACAUGAAUACGUGCAUAUACUUAGGUACUCCGUAUUUGGUUGGAUCCAAAGGGGAAGCAGUUUGCCAAAUUUUACGGAGCAAACUCAAAUUCCUUUUGGCUAAUGCAAACCAAGUUAAAAUACAAGUCACUUGGAGGAAAACCACUUCCCGCCCACUGCACCGUCGCCGAGGUUGCAUAAAAGAAAGCACAACAAAGAGGAAGAAGAGGAGAAGCCGAGCAAGAAAUCCAGCCAAGAAAGAGAGAGAGAGAAAUCGCACCCAAAAUCUCCCCCAACUCUCUACGCAAUUCCACUCUCCAAAACCACCCAUCAACAAAACCAAAUCCAAGAAUCGAUCCAGCGAUCGAUGGAGUCGUCGUCGUCGGUCAUCUUCCUGGGCACCGGCUGCUCCGGCGCGCUCCCCGACGCCCGGUGCCUCAUCCACCCGUCCACGCCGCCGUGCCCCGUCUGCUCCCACUCCCUCUCCCUCCCGCCGGAGCGAAACCCCAAUUACAGAUUACUGCCAACAUGAUGGAAUCCAUAAGUACAUUCUAAUCGAUGUCGGCAAGACAUUUAGAGAACAAGUUCUUCGGUGGUUUUCUCACCACAAGAUUCCUUAUGUUGAUUCGAUUAUUCUCACUCAUGAACACGCGGAUGCUGUCUUAGGUCUUGAUGAUGUUUGGGUGGUACAACCAAGUGGUUGUAGAAAUGGCUUGGGCAAAGUUCCUAUUUUUCUCACCCAUUUCACAAUGAACAGUGUUGCAGCAAGAUUCCCCUAUUUAUUGAAAAAUAAGCUGGAGGAAGGUGAUGAAGGUUCCCAAGUCAUUCAACUCGACUGGACGAUAAUUGAGGGUGACAUCGACAAACCAUUUGUAUCAUCAGGAUUAGAGUUUGUGCCCCUGCCAGUCAUGCAUGGAGAGGAUUAUGUUUGUUUAGGAUUCCUAUUUGGAAGGAGAUCCAGAAUUGCAUAUUUAUCUGAUGUCUCAAGAAUUCUACCUAGAACUGAGCAUGCAAUUUCGAAGUCUGGUGCCGGACAACUUGAUCUUCUUAUACUAGAAACGAACGAGUUGCACGGGGAGGGAGAUGCUGGCAGUUGCCACCUUACUCUGAGUCAGACUCUUAAUGCUGUCAAGAGAAUAAGUCCUAAGAGAGCUCUGUUGAUUGGAAUGAACCAUGAAUUCGAACAUCACAAAGAAAAUCAGACGCUGGCAGAAUGGUCUAGCAGAGAAGGAAUACCAGUACAACUAGCUCACGAUGGCCUGCGUGUGUUUAUUGACCUGUAAUGAGGUGGAUCUUAGGCUUAUAUAUAGCACACAACACAACUUUCAGAGCAUGUUUUUCAGGUAUGCUCUAAUAAUUACAGUGAAAUCAUUGUAGAACAUUUCAGGAUUAUACCCUUUGCUUGUUUCAAAAGGAAAAGAAAGUUUCACUUGUGUAAGAAUUUGGUGAUUACUUGGUGCUAUUUGUUCAUAUCUGCACCUGGAUGUAUUACCUCUGUUAAUACUGUUUUACCAAAAUAAUGAACUACUCAAAGAGUAAUCUUGGUUUA